ACCACCGCACAUCUCCAUACGUCAUACGUGACACGGCUGACACCUGAUCCUCCGUCUGUCCUGUUUAUCCGUGGUUACAUUACCCGGGCACAUCAUGGCGCCUACUGACACGUCCCUCCUCUUUCUCCUGUCGUGCUUUCUAAACCCUUCUGGAAGUUUUCAGGUUACGCCAGUGACAAACUACACGACCGCGGAAUGGAACCCCCAGCCGCUCCCAGUCGACUACCUCGCGACGAGCUACACUCCUUCCUGGGUUCCGAACAUGAAGAAGAAGCUCGUCAACUACAACCGAAACCUUCGACCCGGAUUUGGAGGACCACCACUCUUGGUACGGAUGAGUCUAGACGUGGUUAGCAUUGAUCACAUCUCAGCUGUCGACCUCGAUUUCACCAUCUGCAUCCUGCUGAGACAAUACUGGAAGGACGAGCGGCUGGCCUUCACGGGGACCAACGAGAGCAUCAGUCUGGACGGGCGGCUGGUGGAGUACCUCUGGGUACCGGAUACGUUCUUCCCCAACUCCAAGUUCUCGUUCCUCCAUAACGUCACCAUGGCGAACAGGCUACUCCGGCUGUGGCCGGACGGGUCCAUCGUGUAUGGACAAAGGGUAACAGUUAUUGCUGAAUGUAACAUGGACUUGAGGAAAUACCCUUUGGACAAACAGAACUGUAGCCUACACCUUGAGAGCUAUGGCUACACUACUGAAGACAUGAUUUACAAGUGGCUGAAGGGAGACGAGUCUGUGCGAGGAUUGCAGAACCUCCAGGUGGCACAGUUCACCGUGAAGAAUCACCAAACAAAAGAAAUGAUAGCAACCUACGAGACAGGAGCGUACCCACACGUGGCCUUCAGUUUCCGCCUGACGAGGGAAGUAGCUUACAUCUUCCUGCAGAUGUACGUCCCCUCCACUCUGCUGGUCAUGAUCUCAUGGGUCAGCUUCUGGAUCAACAAAGACUCUCCGCCAGCCCGGGUCUCACUGGGUAUCACCACGGUUCUUGCUCAGACCACCUUUGUGACGUCAGCACGCGCCUCCCUGCCGAAGAUCUCGUACAUCAAGGCCGUGGACGUCUAUCUCCUGAUGUGCUUCUUCUUCGUCUUCGCCGCGCUGGGAGAGUACGCCGUCGUCAGCUUCGAGUCCACGCGAAGGAAACGCAAAGCAGCGAAACGAGAGAAGGAAAUUCAGAAUCAGCGGGAAAGGGAGAUAGCUCAACGAGCCGCGUUCGUUGAUCAAAUUUUCCAAGUUCAUCCCGACGGAAAGUUGCCUGUCAGUGUUGAACUUCUGGCAAGAUCCACCUGGCUUACCAAACAGGCUUCCGCUUACGCAAAUCAAGAGCUGCAGAUGCCCAGCCCCGAGCCAGAGCGGCAGUCCUGGAGCACGAAGGAGGAAGGAAGCUCCAGCGGGAUAUCGGAGGAGACCAAGGCUCGUAGGAUGGCGAAGAUCAGAGAAAAGGUGGCCAGAAUCCAGAGAGUUUCCUUACAUGACAUACAGGACGUAGAUAACAUAGACAGAUACUCGAGGCUUAUUUUUCCAAGCACCUUUAUGUUUUGUGUUGUCCUGUACUGGACCAUCUAUUUGCUGAAAAUGUAAGUUGUAAGUUCAAAAUUGGAAAUUGAACAUUUGAUCAAGAUUCCUGCAAGCGAUUUUAGGAAUUA